AUGUCUUCUCCCGAGCCUCGAGUUUGCCCUCCAGGAGGCGGCGACCAUCGGCGGGAAGAGAAUCAACAGCCCGAUUCUGAUAUUAUAGAGCAAACAGGCUACCUGCAGAUAUACGGUUUAGAAUCGAAGACCCAUCCCUCUCUGGGCAACAAUGAAAUCAAUACCGUUCAAUAUCAAAACAGCACGAUUGCAGAACAACAAGAAGAACAAAGAGAAGUUGAUAGGGAUAAAACCGUAGACAUGGCAGGGGAUCCAGCGGAAGCUGUCUCUCUUGUGCCUAAUAAUGACGGUGUUGAUCUGCAGACAUCUGCCCACGAGGUAGAACGAUUCACGGUUUCUUUUGUCCAAACAAAUCGCAGCCGACCAUCUCCACUUAAAACAGCUGUUACUUCCCUUUCGCCAUCACGACUCCAGAAGGAAGAACCUUAUUUGGACCCCACUCUGAAGACCCCACAAGAACCUCAAUCGCCUUUAGAAAUGUCAUCUGAAGGUGCCGAAAACGACCUUCCACAGGUCCCAGUAGGGAUCCAGGGUGAGGCGGCUGGGAAUCAGGCCGAGGGGGAGGGCCGAGAUAGUGAAGAUUCGCAGUCAGAAAUACAGAGCAUCAUGGAUCAGUUUGCAGAUAACGCUGAAAACCAUGGGCAGGGAGAUCUCAUGUCUCCCAGACUUGAACUCGCCGAACAGUUUCUACCCGGACAGGCACAUUUCCCGCCGCGCAAGUCGAGCCUAGAGCCUCUCUCGUCACCAGACAAUUCCAUCGAAAACCGUUCUUCUAAUCCAUGGAAUUCUUGUUCGGGAUCCAUUCAAUCUAUUGGAUCCCAUCAAGCUGUCAUUCCUCCAGCUGUACCAUCUAAGUCUCUCCCCAAUAAGUCACAAAAGGCUGUUGGAACGGAGCUAGCAAGUUCUUCAAAUUCUUCGUCCCGUCUGCCGCCGCCUGAGCCAGAACCAGACCAGCCAUUUGAUUUCCAUCGUUUUCUCGAGCAACUCCGUCAUCGGACCGCAGAUCCUGUAGCCAAGUUCCUUCGAUCUUUUCUAACGGAGUUUGGCAAGAAACAGUGGAUGGUUCAUGAACAAGUGAAAAUAAUUAGUGAUUUCCUCGCGUUUAUUACAAACAAGAUGGCGCAGUGUGAAGUUUGGAGAGAGGUAUCUGACGUCGAGUUUGACAACGCUAAAGAAGGCAUGGAGAAGCUUGUUAUGAAUAGACUAUAUUCACAAACGUUUUCGCCUGCAAUACCACCGCCUCUUACUCCCCCUCGGAGUAGAAGCAAGGGCAGAAAAAAAUAUUUAAAUAGCCCGCAAGGUCCUGGAAGAAGGGGACAACACCAGGAAGAUGUUGAACGCGACGAAAUACUAGCCCAGAAAGUCCGGAUUUAUAGUUGGGUGCGGGAAGAGCAUCUCGAUAUUCCCCCGGUUGGUCCUAAUGGGCGGCGGUUUUUGGCUCUUGCGCAACAAGAGCUUUUGAAGAUCAAAGGUUACCGCGCUCCCCGGGACAAGGUCAUUUGCGUUUUGAAUUGUUGCAAAGUGAUAUUUGGUUUACUUCGAAACGCGAAAAGUGGGGAUACAUCGGCGGAUUCGUUUGUCCCUCUCUUAAUAUAUGUUGUCUUGAAGGCAAAUCCUGAGCAUCUAGUCUCAAAUCUCCAGUAUAUUCUGCGGUUUAGAAACCAAGAUAAGUUAGCUGGCGAGGCGGGCUAUUACUUGUCUUCUUUGUCCGGUGCCAUCCAGUUCAUCGAAACACUUGACCGCACCAGCCUUACCAUUAGCGACAAGGAAUUUGAGCGAAAUGUGGAAGCAGCUGUAUCAGCCAUAGCAGAGCGGAACGAAGAAACUGCUGCUCCAUCACUCCUGCAACCAGAGAAGUCUGCUCCCAGUGGUCCUGAAGUAACACCCCGAAAUUCCACAGAAGGAGAAUCCUAUACAAGACGAAAAGAUACUUCCCAGCUUGGUAGCAGCGAAGACAAUGUCGCUGUGACAGGACUAUUGCGGACAAUCCAGAAGCCUCUUUCAAGCAUUGGCCGAAUAUUCUCUGAAGAAACAGAUUCUCAGAGUGAGAGGGAAGCAACGCCUCCACCACAGAUCCUCUCCCAACAACGAUUGACACCUGUAGGCAUUUUUAAUACGGGGCAAGUGGAUGAAAGACGGCCUUCAGCGGAGAGACAUCGUGGGAGAGACGACAUCACCUCCUCCCAGAUCAGCCAACUUGAUGCCCAAGAAGCUGCCGCACGCCAAGCGAGUGCAGAGGCCGCAGAAGCUCGCCGCAUACAGCGGGCGGAACAUAACAAUGUAGUUGAGACGCUGUCUGGGAUGUUCCCAAAUCUGGAUAAGGAUCUCAUCGACGACGUCGUGAGGAUGAAGGAAGGUAGAGUUGGUCUUGCUGUAGACGCCUGUCUGGCGCUCAGUGCAGAAUAG